AUGAAUUUUUUUACGUGAACCGUGACUAAAAAAAAAAAAGUUAAAGUGUGCGUAGUUAACUUCUGUUUUUUCCAUCAUCAUUUUUUGCUGAAAUUUAAUUUUAAUUUUUCCCAAUAAAAAAAAACAGAAUAUUUUAAAGAAAAAAUCCACAGUGUGUCGAUAGAAUGUUGAAUUUGUGAAGAAAGAUUUAAAAAUUUAGCAAAAUAUAAAUCCCCAUCGUCGCACAGGUCCGUCCUCCUCCUUCUUUGCAAUAUGAGUUCAAGAAUCAAGGAGGAUGUGAAAAAAUUAUUCGAAUUUUGGUGCGAAGUGACCCGAGUUAAAGAUCCAACAUCGAAAAAUGCUGGCGUUAUCAUUGAAUCAUUCCCCGAGAAUUUCAAUGAUCAACAGAUCAUUUCGAAAAUCCCAGAUUUUGCUUAUCCUUGUGAUUGUGAGAGUGAAUCUGUUGAAACAUACUCAUUUGUAUUAACAAGCGAGGAUUCCAAAUGGCGUUUUGGAUUUUGUCGUCAUGAUCCAAAAACUGAAACAGCUAUGAUUAUUAUUACCUACCUGCCAUGGCAUGAUACGUUCCUUAAGCUGAUGGGAGUGCUAUCAACCCUGCGGCGAACUGAUAAUUCCAAUUUCCAAACAUUUCUCUCUGAAGCUUAUAACAGAGGUGUUCCAGAUCUCGGUGGUACUUUGAAUGUAUUUUAUAAUGGCGGACAAAAUAAUUUCACUUUCCAAAGGCCAUUGCAAUUCAAAUUACCAAGUAUUCCCGAUAAUCACAAUUUAAGUCUUUAUUAUAACUUUGCGACUCCAAAGAACAUGAUAUCAGUAUUCGCUUCUAUGUUAGCGGAACGUAGAAUAAUUUUUACAUCACGGAGUUUGGAUAAAUUGUCGUCUUGCAUUCAAGCGGCAAAUGCCUUUCUCUAUCCAAUGGUGUGGCAACAUAUCUUUAUUCCACUUCUUCCAAUGAAACUCAAGGAUAUCUUAAGUGCUCCGAUGCCCUAUUUAAUUGGAGUACCUGAAGCUGUACUCGAAACUAUGACACCGGAAGAAUUGGGUGAAGUUGCAACGUUAAACUGUGAUACAAAAAUAUUCGAGAGCCCAUUCGAUGAUGUGCACGAAAUGCCACCGGAGAUAAUCUCGCAUUUAAAGAAACAUUUAAAUAAUAGUAAUUCACACGAGCACGUUAAUGAUCGUGUAUCAAAGAUAUUCCUGGGAGUUUUAGUGCAAUUAAUAGGUGGCUAUCGGGAUGCUGUAGAAUUUGGUGAAAAGAAAACAUUCAACAGAGAUCGAUUCAUCGAAACAAGGCCACAUCAUUUGAGGCCGUUCUUAGCUAAAAUGAUGGAUUUGCAAAUAUUUCAACAAUUUAUUGACGAACGACUGCAAAUGCUUAAUACUGGUUUAGGUUUCUCAGAUGAAUUUGAAUUGGAAACUGUAAGAUAUUCGGAAAAGAUUAAAAAACGAGGGAGGAAUUACUAUUUCUUGAAGAAUGUCAAAGAUAGGCUUUUGUUAAGAACAAUAUGGAUGAAGAGACUAAAAGCGACUAAUCCAGCUGUUAAAUCUGCUGUGAAAUCGGUAAAGGAAGGCUCACGUGGAGUGAAGACAGCUUACAAAGAUCUCAAGUCGAAAUUUCGUGACAUAACACCACCGAAUACAAACUUCCAAUCGCAUGUAUCGAGUUCACAUCACGACGGAAUUGAUGGACUCAGUGGCAGAAAAGCUGGCCCGCAUUCAGCGCCAAGCUCGCCCAUAUUCAAUAAGCGAGGUGGCUUUGCUUAUGCUACACCAGAUGUUAUCAGUGGAGCUGCCACUGCUAUUCGCAAACCAUUAGCCAUGUCGAGUUCGAAUUCGAAAAUUCAAAAUGGCUUCUCCAACUGUUCAAACAGUGCUCCUGUGUACAAUAAUCAUCUAGACACGAGCCCGACUAUAAGUCCGGCAGGCUCGAUGUGCUCGUCAGAGAUGAAUCUAUCUCAAGAACUGCAGAAUCAUCCGCUCUUCAAGAGUCCAACAGUCGAUAGAAGUCUUAAACCAAGUAGCAGUCUAGACCUAAACUACCGAACAAGUGCUGUGAGAAGUGGUGCUCCUCCAAUAGUUCGAACACUGCCUCCACAUAAUAAUCAUCAUCACCACAAUCAUCAAUACCACAACCAUUAUUAUUCCCAUUCACCGGCGCAGCAGGCGCCAGCACCCCCAACGAGCAGUCAUCAUCAUAAUCAUCAUCAUCAUCAAGUGGCACAAGCACAGACUCCAUCAUCAAAUAAUAAUCAUCGAUCGUUAGGUGGACAAAACUACAACAACAACAACAAUAAUAACAACAACAACACCACAACAAUACACAACGAGGAGCGACAAUCGGUGGUGACGAGCAAAUUUGUGACGACAGACUCUGUGUUUGAUAGUCCGCCAAAUAUGAUGUCACCACCGGUGCCGCCACGACGAAAUGGAGCUGUAGCUCUGCGUAGGCACACAUCGUCGCGGACCGAACGCACUUGGAUUGGAUUUGAUGCUCCGGCUAAUGGUGAGCCGCCAGUUCCGGCACCGCGACUUAAAAAAGAGAAACAAAGGCAAGCAUAUCCCAUCACCCAUUCAGCCAGCCACACAGCUGUCAUGAAUGAUCUUAUAUCGCUGGACGAUAGCAGUAGCACAAGUUUCGAUUUGGAAGACUUUGAUCCACUCAAUCAAAAUGCCAAACCAUUGCCAACUUCAACAGCUACAUCAACACAAAUGGCAUUGAAAUCACGUUUCCUUGCGCCACCACCAUCACAUGCUUCGCCUGCUGGCCAGAGUACAAAAUCCACAACGCUUCCAGCUUCAUCAGCCUCCUCGAAUAUAUCCGGAGUGAGUAAUCCACUCUAUCCGUACUUUACACCACAACAUCGUAGUACCCUGCCAUCUGACAUGAAUGGCAGCAACAAUGCCAGAGAUGAUGAUUUCGAACUCUUACGAAAAUAUGGUCUAGAUCAGUUUUCAUUUGCAAGCGAACCAAGCACUUCGAGUGGAUUAAAUAGCUCCAAUUUAAAUAGAAUGCCAACGGCUACGGCUACUGCCGCAAGUAUGAAUAAUUGGACCACUUUUGAAUAAAUUUAAAUUAUUUAAAAAAAUAAUGACUGUGUGUAAGAUAGAUACAAAAAAAAAUAAUGCUUUAAACAAUGUUCUUGUUAAAUUUAUCUGUAACUAUAUUAUUA